CACUGUGUUCUUUUCCGAACACACCGGUUCGCGUAGCACUACAAGCUCCUGGCUGGUGUGCCUUUUGAAAGUCGGACGCUUCCAACCUUUUUCCCGCCAUGUUGAGCGUGGUUACUUCCGUUGCAUUGGUGGCCGUUGCAGUACAGAUCCUCACGCAGAGUCCGAAACAGCGUGAGGAGGCCAUGCAAUCACAGUUCGCAAUCUUUACUGCUAUUGUGGGAGCUGCACAUGGAUUGGAAGCCAUGUUGACCGUGCUUGGGUUUGAUCCCUUGCGUGUUUCCAGCAUGGUCUCCUUCAUGACAGCGGUCGCCUCCGUCGGUUUGUGGGUGUCUCUUCAUGCCGACCUUGGAUUUGUUGGAUCCUUGAAGUUGAUCCGCAAGGAACCAGUGCAACCAGUCCCUGUGAUCGAUGCUGAAUCGCCUGCAUCACCCACAGGUGCAGCACACGAGCCGCCCAUCGCAGUGCCGCCCAUCGCGCCCAGCGCUGUGGGUUUGGUCAAGGUCGAGGCGAACAGCGUCGAAGAGCCGAAUGCUCAAGACGCUCCGAUGCCUUUGUUCCUGCUGGACAGCUCGGCACAUCUUCGCAUGCUACGCUCUGGCAGAGCGAAGCGAUUGGCGUCCAUCAACGAGGAGGUCUGCAGUGAUACACCGAAGUGGAUGGCCUACCUGGGAGCUCAUGUGGCGACAGAGCUCCUCCCACGGGUUCCACUCGGUGGGAAGCAGCACUCCUGGGACAAUGUCUGUGAGACGAUGGCCUCCUUGGCGGCCUGGUUGCGCUCGGACGAGGCAGAGGAGUUAUCCAAGGCUUACCGCCCCUGCUUUGGCUUCAGCUGCGAGCGCUGCUGCAACGCCGUGAAGCCUGAAGAGUCGCAGUGCAGAGUCUGCAGCCUUUCCGUGGACUGAGCAGCUGAAAGGGAGAGUUUCGCAUUUUGAUUGGAGUGCCGCCUGAAGGGAAGAACAACGGAAGUGGAUGAACAGCUUCGCUGAAGAACCACCGUUGGUUUUCUGAUCGGAAGCACUUCACGAGCUGGAAGAAGUGACACAAAC